UCGGCUAGCAUUCUGAUAUUCCAAAGGUUGGUGUGUCCAUCGAUGCGGUAACCGCGGCUCGUGCGGCUCGUAUGGCUCGUGGUAAUAAUCAUGAGGAUCCAGAUUCUAAUGGCAGGCUAUGCGUGUCCGUACGGGAUUACUACAGCUACAAAUUCCAGAUACGGCCAGGGAUAUUCAACCCAAUACUGUUUGGCAAGCGUCUUUUCCAGCAGUUCAAGGUCGACACAUACAUCAAGAUCGAGAGCUCACGGCUGGACUAUAUAUGGGCUCAUCAGAAGGAGUUAAGGGCGGACCUGUACCAAGGCUUGGUGGACAGCGUGCAUGCCGGGGAGGGUAGAGCGGAUGCAGUUGGAAAACGGACCAUGCUGGCUACAUCAUUUAUCGGAGGACCUCGGGAUAAGAGGCGUCGGUACAUGGAUGCUAUGGCUUUAGUGCGGAAGUAUGGGAAGCCGGACGUCUUCCUCACAAUGACAUGCAACCCAAACUGGGAUGAGAUCACACACGAGCUCUACCCUGGUCAAAUACCCCAGGAUCGUCCAGAUCUCAUCGUGCGUGUUUUUAGGGCGAAGCUAGAGGAACUAAAAAAGCAGUUGCUUGAUAAGCACAUGCUUGGCAAGGUGAAGGCCUACGUCUAUGUGGUUGAGUUCCAGAAGAGGGGUCUACCGCAUGCCCACUUCUUGCUCAUCAUGCAGGGGCGGUACAAGCUCACAUGUCCGGAGCAGUAUGAUUGUAUCAUCUCUGCCGAGCUCCCGGACAAGCGUAAGUACCCAGAGCUAUACAAGAUGGUCGUCAAGCAUAUGAUGCAUGGCCCUUGCGGUGUGUUGAAUCGCGAUUGCCCGUGCACGAAGGACCGUCCGUCAUGCAAGAAUCAUUAUCCACGGCCUUUCAACGCGACUACCUUACAAGGCAAGGACUCCUACCCGGUGUAUAGGAGACGUGAUGAUGGCCGGCAUGCAAUGGUUCGCAAACACGAGCUAGACAAUAGGUGGGUCGUCCCAUAUAACCCUUACCUCCUGCGGCUGUUCAACUGUCACAUCAAUGUUGAGGUAUGUUCGAGUAUAAAGGCCGUUAAAUACCUAUUCAAGUACAUAUACAAAGGCCACGACCGGGCGUCUGUGACUGUGAACGAGGCUGACAAGGCUGAUAGCAACAACAACAUCGAUGAGAUCAGGCAGUAUAGGGAUGCGAGAUGGGUGACCCCUCCAGAAGCCUUGUGGAGGAUAUACGGCUUUGACCUGAGCAAGAAUUCACCACCUGUGAUGCAACUACAACUUCAUCUCCUGAAUAUGCACAUGGUUUCGUUUCAAGAGGGCCAAGAUAUCCAAGAAGUGCUCAAUCGGGAAGAUGCUGAGAAGUCAAUGCUGACAGAGUAUUUCGAAGCGAACAGAGUACAUGAGCAUGCUCGAGGUAUCUUGUACCGUGAUUUUCCCGAGUGGUAUACUUGGCAGAAAGGCAAAAAUAAAAAAUUCUGGCAACGAAGGAGACGAGAAGGUGGACAGGUUGGUAGAAUCGUGUCAGCUCAUCCAGCCGAGGGGGAACGCUACUAUCUACGGGUUCUCCUAAACCACGUGACUGGCGCCACUUCCUUUGAUGACCUAAGGAUGGUUUACGGCGAGAUCCUACCUACCUUUCGUGAAGCCGCAGAGAGAAGGGGCCUAAUCGAGGCAGACAACACAUUGGACGAGUGUCUUACGGAAGCUGAGUUGUUCCAGAUGCCACCAUCGCUCCGAAGGCUCUUUGCAACAAUACUGGUGUUCUGUGAGCCCAGUGACGUGCAUGGACUCUGA